AUGGCUACGGCAACAGCCACGUCCGCAGCGGCGGAACCCCCGAAGCUGAUCAAGAAGGCCAGCGAGGUCAAGACUCCAACGACCGCGACGCAGACCAGCUUCGGUUGCAAACACAUCAAGGACUUUCUAACUCACGCCCGCGACAAAGCCACCGAGGAGUAUACUCGCCUUAUCCGAUCGAUCCGGCAAGAGGGGAAUGUCAGUGGGAGCAUAUACAAGAGUGGAAGUACGCCGCAGGUAUCGCCAGAAACAACAUACAUGUGCAUACAAUGCUCUGCGGUGACCAAGGCGAGAGAGAGGCAUAGGAAGGAUCAUCCAUUCGCGGUGGAGUCAAGAGAAGGCUUCAUCUUCUGCCACGACUGCAAGGACUUUGUCUAUGAUCCUACCUUCGAAGAGAUCCGCUCUGGAAACAACAAGAAACGGAAACACGCGGCCCUCUCAGCCGACGACAAGCGGCUCGUGUCCGCCAACUCGACCGUCAUAUCGUGCUCCGCAGUCGGUCUGAGAGGACUAUACAACAUGGGCCAGACCUGCUUCAUGUCCGUAAUCCUGCAAGCGCUCAUCCACAACCCCUUCAUCCGCACCUUCUACCUCUCCGAAGGCCACCGCAAAGAGGACUGCGAGCGCGAAGCCUGCACCUCCUGCGCCCUCGACGACAUCUUCAGCGACUUCUUCGGCCAGGAGAAGCACGAAGGCUACGGCGCGGUGCACAUGCUGCAGGGGUGUUGGAAGGAAGGCGGCUCCCUCGCCGGCUACAGCCAGCAAGACGCCCACGAAUUCCUCGGCUUCAUCCUCAACAGCCUACACACCGCCAUCACCGACGAAGAAGAAGGCAAAAGCUCCCGCCACUGCCCGUGCGUCAUCCACCAGAGCUUUGGCGGCCUGCUCAAAAGCACCGUCACCUGCUCAGGCUGCAAAAACACCUCCACCGCCCUCGACCCCUUCAUGGACCUCAGCCUCGACAUCCGCAGCACGCCCGUCACCAAAAAGAAGAAACUCAGCCUCAUCAACGCCACCGCCACGUCGAAAGAACACCUCCCCAUGGACCUCACCGAGUGCCUGGACCGCUUCACCAGCACCGAAACCCUCAGCGCCGAAGCCGGAAGCUACAACUGCCGCCACUGCUCCAGCCCGCAGGAAGUGAAGAAGAAAUUCUCCCUCUCGCGCAUACCGCCCAUCAUCCCCAUCCAUCUCAAACGCUUCUCGCACUCCAAGUCCCUGAAAGAAAGCUCCAAGAUCGAAACCAAAAUCCGCUUCCCAACCUCCCUCGACUUGAGCCCUUACACCACCUCCUCCGCCGCGCGAAGUAAACCGCCCGCUCCCGAAAACGAUACCCUGGUCAAUAACACGGAUCGCAACGCGGAUUCCGACGAUGCUCCCGACCCCGCGCCUCCUCCGCCUCCACCGCCGCCGGUGUACGAGUUGAGCAGCGUGGUGGUGCAUAAGGGCAAAAUCGACAAUGGGCACUACGUCUCGUAUGCGCGGCAGGGGGAGGACUGGUUUCGGUUUGAUGAUAGUAUGGUGGUGCAGGUGGAGGAGCGGGAGGUGCUGAGGGCGGAGGCGUAUAUGUUGUUUUAUGUUGUUGGGGAGAUUGCGGGGGUGAUGGCGUGA